CCUCUGCUCUCAGAGAACGACUCGGAGGAUGAUGGACCGAAUGAGGCGCGAGUCCAUCGAGUCCCCGAGUCAUUUGAUGACGCUCCUCUAUCCUCCAUCUUUCCCUCCUUUUUCUCUCCUUCGCCUCUCUCUCCGCUCUGCGUCACGGCUGCGUCAUGUGACUCCCUCCCAUCUGCUCGCUGUGGCAGCUUCAUCACCCACUUAUUCUAUCAUUCAAACCAAAUAAAAUCGCUGUCGUUGUUUGCUGCGUAUUCCCGACGAGGAUCCAAAAAUGAGAUUAUGAAUUGACAGCUCGUUCUAAUCCAAAGGAGGCCGGUCCUAGAUGUCUCUAUCAGGACUAAUAACUCCUUCCUGUCCCACAUUUUGAUUGUCCUUUUCAAGGACUCACUUAUCAACAGGUUUCCAAACACUUGAAGGACGCGGGGACAAUGCCCCGAGUACACUUCCAGUGUGUCUCUUAUCUGUGGCCUUGUCUGUCCUCCUCCCUGGCCUACUUCCUGCAUUGCUUCCUCCUCCUGUCGACCGUUCCUUGUUGUGUCGAGUGCUCGAUUAGUACGAGCCAUGUUUGCGCAGCUCGUGUCCUUAAAAAUCUUCAAACAACUUGUCCUUUUCAAAAGCAGGACAAAGUUAAUGAGCCCGGUUCUUCUACUUUAAAAAUAAGAGUGAGUUAAAGCUGCUACAGGGGACUUUCUUUUUCGGCAGUGCUGGUGUUUGUGAGCACCUUCAGAAAACCUCAUUUUACUGCAGCAGUACACCUCGCCUCUUAUAGUACAUGAGACAUGAAGUCUAGCACUGUCAACUCACAGCAAGAGGGGCCAGGGUUCGAUUCCCGGUCUGGACGGCCCCUUCUGUGUGGAGUUUGCAUGUUCUCCCCCGUAACCAGCGUGGGUUCUCUUUAGGUUCUCCAGGUUCCUCCCACAGUCCAAAGACAUGCAGCUUUGGUUAAUUGAAGACUCUAAAUUGCCCCGUAGGCGUGGAUGGUUGUCUCUCUCUAUGUGUCAGACCUGUGAUAGUCUGGCGACCCCUCACUUCGCCCAAUGUCAGCUUGGAUGGGCUCCAAUCAUCAUUUCGGACGCGCUGAACGGUCACUUACCCGGGAGCCUCUUUGCCGGUUGGAGACAUGUCCCAACCUCAUGCGAUGACUCGUGAGAAUCAUAAAAGUCUGAACUAAAUAUAAAGAUAUGUUACGGCGAGCCAAAGUGAAAUCUUUUACUUACAUUGAAGGGUUAUUGACGUGACAGAGCCGCCCACUGUCUGGCAUGAACGUUGCCGUCACUACUUGCAUUGCAUUGUGGGAUAUCAUCUUGUGACGAAUACGUGUGUGUGUGUUCUGUGUUUUCAGGGGUUUUCCUGAUCCCCUACCUGCUGAUCGUAUUCAUCGGAGGCAUCCCGGUCUUCUUCCUGGAGAUCGCACUGGGACAGUUUAUGAAGCAGGGAGGGGUCUCAGCCUGGAACAUCGCACCCCUCUUCAAAGGUCUGGGCUUGGCCUCCAUGGUGAUCGUGUUCUUCUGUAACACCUACUACAUCAUGAUCCUGGUGUGGGGCCUCUACUUUCUCUUCCACUCCUUCACCAACCAGCUGCCCUGGGCCACCUGUGGCCACCCCUGGAACACCCCCAACUGCACGCAGGACUUCCGGCGCGCCUGCUACAACCGCAGCUUCGCCUCCUCCUCCUCCUCCUCCCCCGCCAACCUCCUCUCCUCCACGCCCCCGUUGAACCUGUCUUCAAUCCAGCUGCUCCUCAACGGAAGCUGCCCGGAGGCCGAGGGCAUGCGCUCCCCGGUCAUCGAGUUCUGGGAACGUAAAGUGCUCCGUCUGUCCGGCGGGCUGCAUGAGCCCGGAGACAUCAGCUAUGAGAUGGUGCUGUGUCUCAUAAUCACCUGGAUCAUUGUGUACUUCUGCAUGUGGAAAGGAGUCAAAUCCACUGGCAAGGUGGUUUACUUCACCGCUCUGUUCCCCUACCUGGUUCUGGUGGUUCUCUUGGCCCACGGCGUCACUCUCCCCGGAGCUUUGGAUGGGAUUGUUUACUAUCUGAAACCAGACUGGUCCAAACUCGGAGAGGCACAGGUGUGGAUCGAUGCGGGCACUCAGAUUUUCUUCUCCUAUGCCAUCGGACUGGGUGCCCUGACCGCGCUGGGCAGCUACAACCGCUUCCAUAACAACUGUUACCAAGAUGCGUUCUUGCUGGCCAUGAUCAACAGCGGAACCAGUUUCUUCGCAGGCUUCGUGGUGUUUUCUGUGCUGGGCUUCAUGGCUGCAGAGCAAGGCGUGGACAUCAGUAAGGUGGCGGAGAGCGGUCCGGGUCUGGCCUUCAUAGCGUACCCCAAGGCUGUGACGCUGAUGCCUCUGGCGCCGCUCUGGGCUGCACUUUUCUUCUUCAUGCUGCUCAUCCUGGGCCUCGACAGCCAGUUCGUGGGCGUAGAGGGUUUGAUCACAGGAAUAAUGGACAUGCUGCCGCCUAAAUCUGCCCUGGGCUCCCUGCGGCGAGAGGUGGUGGCCGCCAUCUGCUGCUUCAUCUGCUUCCUGAUCGACAUGUCCAUGGUCACCGAGGGAGGGAUGUAUGUCUUCCAGCUGUUUGACUACUACUCGGCCAGCGGCAUCACUCUGCUGUGGCAGGCCUUCUGGGAGUGUGUGGUGAUUGCAUGGGUCUAUGGCGCAGACCGCUUCAUGGAUGACGUGGCUCGUAUGAUCGGCUAUCAGCCGCUGCCCUACAUGAAGUGGUGCUGGUCCUACAUCACGCCUUUCGUCUGUGUGGCAGUGUUUACGUUCCACGUGGUGAACUACAAGCCGCUAACCUACAACAGCUCGUACACGUACCCCCUGUGGGGCGAAGUGCUCGGCUGGGUUUUGGCCCUGUCCUCCAUGCUCUGCAUCCCCGUCACCGUCCUCUACAAGCUGCUGCGCUGCAAAGGAACUUUGCGGGAGCGGUGGCAGCACCUGACCACCCCGGUGUGGGGCCGACACCACCUGGAGUACCUGGCACCGGAGAACGAGGCCAAGCUGCUGCCGGCGGCGGGAACCAAGAGCACGCUUCUGUUUGAAAGUGUCAUCUGAUGAGAGCUGAACCCCCCCCCUCCCCACACCACCAAGGUCGCCCCCUGACAUCAGCACACACACACACACUACAUAAAGUACACACACACCAACCGUUUUUUUUUAAAGCCCUCGGACGAACGGACCAAAGAUUAGAUGGGAGAAGAACUGACAGACGCCCACGCAGUCGCAUCACACGAUCACCCUCCGCUCUGCUUUUUUCCGACUCUACCUCGCUGACUCUGCCCUCUCUCUUACCCCCCCCCCCCCCCCUCCAGCCUUUGUGCUGUCCUGUCUCGUCCUGUGUGAGUGUCCAGCGUAGUCGCGAUAUCUCCCCUCUUUCUGUGCCUGUCUGCCAGCCUUUCAGUGGCUCAUCCGUCCCGACAUAAAAUGCUGAAUGAGAGAAAAAAGAUUUUCUGAUUAAAAGUCUCUAAAUCUGCUGCUGAGAUGCCAUGGUGUGAAUGUGCGUGUGUGUGUGUGUGUGUGAAUGUGUGUGUGUGUGUGUGUGUGUGUGAGAAUGCUCGUAUGUGUGUGUUGGACUGUGGAAGUGUCGUCUUCAUUUACAUGUGUCAUCUGUAUUCUCUCAAUUAACUGUACAAAAAAACAAAACAUCUUCCAUUUGUUAAAAACAAUGAAAAAGAGCCAAAAGCAUCACCACUUCCAUCUGUGUGUUAUGAAGUAACUUAAGUAUCCAGUGUGUUGUAGGGUCUGUGAAUCAGUGUUAUCAAUAUAUCGGAGGGGGGUGACGAUGAUCAGUAUUUCCACCUUAAGAGAAGGAGAGAAACGUGAGAAUGAAUUGCGCGGAAGAGCAGGAGACCAGGAAUGUGGGGGAGGGGAAAGGAGACUUGAUGCAAUAAAUGACAAGAUAAAGAUGGA